AUGGCCAUUGACGGGCAGGCAGCGCCAGCGAGGCCACAGGGCUCGGGUGGAGUCAGCAAGAGCUCGGAGAAUGCCAAUACAUCGACGAAGCAGUUGCGACGGGCCUGUGAUUGCUGCAGGAAGAGGAAGGUGAAGUGUGAUGGUGAAGAGCCCUGCAACCCUUGCAAGAAGGCUUCAAUACGAUGCGCAUACCUCCAACCAGCCCUCAAGAAAGGCCCGAAAGGACUGCGAAGUGCCAGGGUCCUGCACGCGUUGCGAAAGAUAGACGACACGGCGUCUGGAAGCCCUGCAAACCCGACCAGCCCAGGUGGACAAGGACCGUUUGGAAACUGGCAAUGGGGUUCGAAUGGCGCGCAGUAUGGCAGCGCGUCCCAGUCGCCCGAGACAAUAUAUGUUGCCCAGACCAGUGUUGCGCCGGAUCAACAGCCAUACUACCAGCAAAUGCCGACUUCGAUGCCACAGCCUCCACUUCCACACCAACAACCACCUAUAUUCAAGCGCGAGCCACAGCCGCAGUAUAGCUGGUCAUCAGCACCGGGAUCUGUGUCCACUCACAGUGAAGGGAUACCUCGUGUGGCCUCGCCUACUUCCACGGACGGCUACAGUCAUAGAGCACUUGUGGGAGACUUCUUGCCUUACAUCCACCUGUUCUUCAACCACAUGUUUGCCAUCAUGCCAAUCAUCGAUCGCAACAUCUAUAUGGAUCCCAGCCUGUACGCAAACCCACACCGCAUGAGCUCCGACCUGUAUUGCUUCCUAUGCGCAUUAUGUGCAGCGACCGUCGUUCAACUGGAUGAGUCGAUCCCACAGCCUCCCUCCCCACAUCCAACCAAGCGAGCAGACCAUCUCUUUGCCGAAGAGUGUAUGCGUGAACGGAGGACCUACGACUAUGUCGAGAGUAUGUCGACGCUGAGCAUCAUGACUUCGUUCUUUCUCUUCGCCUAUUAUGGCAACCACGAGCGACACCUCCAGGCUUGGCACUAUCUCCAGGAAAGCAUCACAUUUUCCGAGAACCUCAACAUGGACGACGAAGCGUCGUACGACAAGCUGGAUCGAGUGGAGAUGCAGUGGCGAAGGCGGCUCUACUGGUUGCUGUUCAUCACUGAGCGCGCUUAUGCGGUGCAAAGACGAAAACACACGAGACUGCACGCAUCCGUGACGUUACCAUCAGUGUUUGAGAGUGAGGAUCCACAGCUUUUGAACGGAUUUGUCAACCUGGCAAACUUGUUCAGCGCCGUGGACGAAUCUUUUGUCAGUGCCUGGCGUGGUUCCAGAAGGGCCAGUCUGUGUGACGAGGCGUGGCUGGCCAAAACGCAGAAGCAACUCGAUGCCACGGCGCAUGCAGUCGGUUUGGGAGAACUCACCGAAACACAACAUCUUGACAUAAGUGUCACCCGAGAAUGGUUACAUGUGCUCGCUUGGCAGAUGGGCGUUUCGAAUGGUUUGAUAUGGGGCCAGGGCGAAGCUAACCUGAGGCUGGACUAUCCUGUGGAACUGGCAAGGAAGGUGGUUGAGAUCACAACCAAGGCGAGUCCGCUUGCACUGGAUAGUCACGGCAUUGGAAUGGAGCAGAAGCUUUCCGACAUUGCGGGCUGUCUCGCGGAUGUUCUCAAAUGCACGGCUGGCGAUAACUCGGCGACUUUCCUCGAAGGCAAGCAGUAUCUCAACAUUCUCCUCAACAAGCUAUCCAGCAUGCGAGGCAAAGAGUCGCGUUACUUGAAGCCUCUCAUGUCGAAGAUGGAAGGCUUGGUGGGCUACGAGCUCAACACUACGACAUUGCCACUUCCCAGCGAACCCCAGCAAGCAUUCACCACCAACAUGCAAGUUCCUGCCGUCUUCGCACCGUCUUCGCCGCGAUGGUCCAUGACUGAUUCAGUCUCGAUGUUGCGCACCCUCUCCAUGACUGGCGUCCUUGGCAUGCCCGGUAUAGCCGUCCCGCAAGAGGAUUGGGAACAGCGAAGGCCCAGCGGGCGUGUUCUUGGGGAGGAAGAGCUGGAGGUCUUACAACCAUGGCUUGCGACCGCGUCAUCUCAAUCAAUGGCUGCCUGA